UGUCAACACAAUAUGGCACCAUUGAAAACAGGCCACAAGAAGAAGAAGAUCACCUGAAACGUAAACAUUCGGUUAAUUUUUUUGUAUUUUUCCAUAUUCCCUUGUGUCACGUGACCAGAGUGUGGGCGCCGUCCUUCCCUACGCUAUGGAGAAUUACAAACUCGUGCAAGCUAUAGGCAGAGGAGCAUACGGCAAUGUGUACUUGUAUUGGCGCCUGGAAGACAACCGGCCGGUCGUUAUAAAGAAACUGCCCAUGGAAUCUAUCAGCGAAGAGGAAUGUGAGCUGACUAAGAAUGAAGUGCGGGUGUUGUCAAUGCUGCAACACCCGAAUAUAAUUGAAUAUUUUGAUAAUUACCUUGAAAACAAUACCAUGAUGAUUGUGAUGGAAUAUGCUCCUGGGGGGAACCUGUACGACUACCUGAGGUCCAGGGGCGAGGGAAACCUUCUGCAGGAGGAGGACGUGCUGCACCUGUUCUGCCAGCUGGUCCUCGGCAUGCAGCACAUCCACAACAGCAACAUCCUUCAUCGUGACAUCAAAUCCAACAACAUUCUCUUGGAUCGUUCGCAUCGCAUCGUUAAAAUUGGCGAUUUUGGAAUUUCAAAGAUUUUAAGCAGCAAGAGUAAAGCACUCUCAGUGGUUGGUACACCUUGCUACCUGUCACCAGAGCUGUGUCAGGAGAGGCCCUACAAUCAGAAGAGUGAUGUGUGGGCGCUGGGCUGUGUCUUGUACGAGAUGCUGACUCUACGCAGGGCUUUUGAGGCGGAGACCUUACCAGCACUUAUAAUGAAGAUAAUGAGAGGGAUCUUUGCACCUAUCCACCCCCACUACAGCCAAGAAAUGAGGAACUUUCUCCACCUGCUUCUCCACGUUGAUGCGGCCCAGAGACCAAGCAUAGCACAAGUUUUAGCACAGCCUCUCGUGUUCUCGUCGCUCUUGAGGCUACACGCAGAUUUAGGCAUGAUUCACUGUGCUUCUAGGCCGCUGCGGUUGUCCUCUGUGGGAUCCGAGCGUCUCAGGUCUCCCAAAUUACCAGUGAAAGGACAAGUCAAGGAGAGAUGAGAUGGGAGGAAAAGCUUUUGUCUCUCUCUCUUUCAUUUUAUCAGUCUAUCUCUCUAUCUUAAAAUAUCAUUCAAUUAGUUUCUCUCUCUCUCUCUCUCUCUCAUUUUAUCUAUCUAUCUUAAAAUAUCAUUCAAUUAGUUUCUCUCUCUCUCUCAUUUUAUCUAUCUUAAAAUAUCAUUCAAUUAGUUUAUCUCUCUCAUUUUAUCAGUCUAUCGCUCUAUCUUAAAAUAUCUUUCAAUUAGUUUCUCUCUCUCUCUCUCCUGCCAUGAAAACUCUUAAAAUCGCCAAUAAUUUCCACUACAGCCUGUUAAACUAUCAGUGGAAUAAUGAACACGCCCUUCAAAACUCCAGUAACUUCCACUUGAGUCAUGAAAACUCCCUGGUAAACUUCAAGUAACUUUCUGUGGAGUCUGUUGAAGUCAUUGCUGGAGUCGUGGAAACACCCUUGAAAACUCCAGUAACUUCCAGUGCAGCCAAUCUUUUGUUGUUACUACUUGUGUGUGCCAAAGAGCGCCAGAAUGUGCCUUAAGGAAAGCUUUAUUGUGUACUGUGUUGUGUUGUGGUGGAGUAAAUUUUGUAACCUUUA